AGUUGAAUAUUCUGAAAUGCAGCUGAAAAAAAUGAGGGAAAUCUUACCAAAAUUGUAUCCUGGACAACUUAGUGAUGAAAAUAAUUCCUUAAGUACCUCCCCAAAACAGUCUUCAGAGGAUAAAGCUAAUCCAUCAAAAGGGGAUGAUGACCAGAAUUGCUGUUACCAAGGGACUGAGGCUGAGAAUAAUAAGCUCUCACUAAUAAGCUGUAUGAAAUGCAGAAAUGUUCAGAAAAUUUCAAUGCAGGAUAUAGAAAAGCAUAAGAAACUUGGGUGGACUGAAGACAGUUCUUUCAUCUGCAAGAAAUGCAGUCAUAUUACACAACCUGCCCUCCAUUUUGUUCCUGAGGGUGCCAGUGCUGUAGACUUUGAAAAACAAGAAAAAACAUCCCCAAGUAAAAACCAGAAAACUUUUAAAGUAAAGAACUUCCUGCCGGGUAAAUAUUACUGUGAUAAAUGUAGAUUUUCAACAAAGGAUCCUUUGCAGUAUAAAAAGCAUGUAAGUCAACAUGACGAAAUUAAAUUUAUAUGUUCCCACUGCGGUUAUGUAUCCUACACCAAAGGAGAAUUCCAGAGACAUUUGGUGAAACACACUGGCACUUUUCCAUAUCAGUGUGAAUACUGUGAAUAUGGUGCUGUUAGACAUGAUUAUAUUGUAAAACAUACAAGAAGAGUGCAUGAAAUGCCCACAAAACGGCUAAAAAAUACCCCCGUAAACCAUAAGCAGAAAAAAUCUUGCUUGCCAAGUCAAAGCACUUUAUAUCAAAAGCAGAAAUAUGAUAAAAAAAAACCUUUACGAAAUGAAUUUCCAAGCUCGUCUCCCAAUACUAUUCGUGAAGUUCCAGAUAAAGGGACUAAAAUAGUCUGUUUGUCUCAUGAUAUAGAAUGUAUCAGAAAUGCAACUUCCAACCAGGACAAAACAUUGUUGGAGCCAUCUGAAGUAAGUGUAUGUGAGAAUCAAAGCGUGGAAGUUGAGGUGUAUUCUCCAAAAACAGAACCUUUGCAACCUGGGAUGCCUUUAACAGUAAUUGCACCAUCUGAACUUGUAGUUCCCUCUAACUGCUUAGCUCAAAUAGUAGAGAUUAAAAUAGUAAAUGGAGCACGACAGCUGGUUCUUAAAUUAAUUCCUAUGAAAGAUGGAACUUCCAAACCUGUGAACUGUGAUGAAGACGAACCCGAGAAUCAAGGUACAGAACGACCUACAGAAGGAAGAAAAAUACCUUCCACGUUUCAAAAUGAGUUGCUAACCAUGGAAGUGAAUGUAGACAAAUUAUCCAGUGUUAGCAACCAGCUUACAUCAGAUAGCAUAUAUGGUAAGAAUUCUGAAUGUUUCUAUACUUCUAGCAGUCAACCCUCGGACUGUAACUCUACACAGAAGGAAGAUGCAUCGAAAUUUUGCUUUCAUUUGGUGAAAGGUAUUGAUGUCCAUUCAAGUGUUAUAGAACUUUGUUCUCAGUCUCUAGUGACUUGUAGUACUGAAAAAGAAAGUGAUCCUAAAUCCUUAAGGAGAGAAACAGAUGGCAAAAAUAAUUUGCGUUAUGACUUGUACUGUUACAAAGGAAGUCUGGAUGUAUCCCCUUCCAAAUAUGCCACUACUUCUGAAGAUAAAAGUUCCAAGAAUGUUUCAGGAAACGCUGUUCAAGAAGGCAAAAAUUCCUCUUCUUCUGCACUCCUUAAAGAAAAGGAUACAUUGCCUUUGAAGAGUGAAGACAAUGAAUGUAAGAGUCCACUCAUCAACUCUCCAGGGAUAUGUUUAUUUACUACGGAUUUUGAUAACAAAUCUAUUAAAUCUUGUGAAGCAGGAAGAAAUUUUCACGUCACUAAAACUUCACCUUUGGAGCAUACGAAUGUUAGCUUAAGCAAAUUGAAGGGAGUUGAUGCCAUAAAUCCAAAGAACAAUCUUCUCCUAGAAUCACUAGAGUUACAGAGAAUGGAAAACUAUGCCAGCCCUUUUGAGGGACCUGUCAUUUCAUCUGUAUUUUCUCUUAGCUCUGGUGCUGAAAAUGUUCCAGAAGGCAUUAGAUGGGAUGAUACAACAUGCAGUAAAAAGUCAGCAACAUUGCUGUGCAGAAAGAUUGCUCAGUUGAUGUCUGCUGCUGAGUCUAACAUGAAGUCUAUGCCUUUGAGAUGCCAAGUCGCUAGUAAAAAGGUGCUUUUGUCUCAGGAAAAUUCAGCAAGCUGUGAGAGAAUUGCCCCUGCUGCUGAGUUGGAACAAUCUGUAUCUUGGCCUCAGCUGCUUGGUGGGAACAGUGUGAUUGGUGGUGAAGAACACAGUGAAGACCAACUCCUUACAGUUGCACAGGCAUCUAAAAGCAGGAUGGCUAAAAACUCCCAUGUUGCCACUCCAGUGUUUAUUCCCAAAGGGACAGUGCUGAGAGUGCUGAAUGCUGCCAGCGGUCAAGACCCAACUGGAAUAGAAAGCAGGAGUGAAACAUCAGUUCCUUCUGCAUAUUGCAAUGAAAUGCUGCUGCCUCGUCCCGUUCCUGUCAGUGUUUCUGAGAAACCUGGCAGUUAUUUGCCGUGUUUAUCUAAUCUGAGUGAACCCAAUGCUCCAGCCCGAAAUAUCUCACUCAGACAAAGACCAAAGCGAGAGGCAAGUGUGAAAAAUAAUAGUAAACAAAGCAGCGUCUCCUGUCAAAAAAGUAGUGAUGUAAGUAAGCAAAGCAAACUCCAUUCAAAGAGUCAGCAAGGACCCAAAAAUAAAGGAAAACAAGCAAGUUUCAGGGAACUUCCCAAGAGGAAAACAAGAACUCAAUCAGAAACCAGCUCUGGUUCUGACAUGGCCUAUCUGUUGACAGCAAGACGUCUCAGGCUUGUCCCUUUGAGAACGGAUCAGUUGAUAAAAUGCCCUCGUCGUAACCAGCCAGUUGUGGUAUUAAACCAUCCUGAUGUUGACUCGCCAGAGAUAAUUAAUGUCAUGAAAACUAUCAACAAGUAUAAAGGUCACGUCCUGAAAGUAGUUCUCUCAGAAAGGACAAGUAGUUGUCUUGGUGUGAAACGUUACCGAAAACGUCUCACUCUUCAGAAUGCAGAGACAGGAAACCAAACAAAAAAGCAGAAUAUGUUAAAAACGAAACUAAAAAAAACACAUAAAAAUAACUACCAGGUGGUGGAAGCUUCACCAGCUGAAUCACUUCAGUGUAUGUUUAAGUGCUGGUUUUGUGGAAGAGUGUAUGUGGACCAGGAAGAAUGGAUAAGUCACGGACAGAGGCACUUGAUAGAGGCAACCAAGGGUUGGGAUGUUCUUUCUCUUCCAACAAAAAACAUCAAGUGAGAGAUUAGCUUAUUUGUCUUAUUUUUAAUGAUUGACACUACUUUGUUUGGAAGGGAAGAUAGAAAUAACUCCUUUGUUUUGCCAAAAGGUUUUUUUUUGUUAGCAAAGUGGGAGAGGAGAGUUACAGAGAUAAUGAGAAGCCGAUAGUGAGGGCUAAGCACUACUUUGCACUCUCCUAUUUGAAAUAAGUACCAGAAGACAACUUCAUCUGUUCCCUGAAAGAAAUCUGAAGAUUUGCUAUGCAAACAUCUUUCUCGUUGCCAUUUUCUGUGCUAGGAUACUGUGCUUGUAACUGGUUUGUGCUAGUUUGGUAUGAAUUGGAAUCUUAGACUACAAGAUAUGUGUAAA